AUGUCGGAAGAAAAAGGCGUAACUGAAUCCUCACCUGUGUCGGCCAUCACCGACGAACAUCUUGCUCGAAGAGCAUGGAACCCUCACGAUCCUUACAACUGGCCUUCCAUUCGAAAGAUUUCGGUCGCUCUUAUAGUCUCGCUGGGUCAACUUGUCACCCUAAUGUCCACCAGCAUGAUGGCCGCCGCCUUGACUCAAAUCGGAGCUGACCUCCAUCUAAGCAGUACAGCUACUCAAAUUACUUUUUCCAUCUUCAUCCUAGGGCUCGCCUUUGCUCCUUUCUUAAUUGAAGCUCUCUCUGAAAUGUACGGGCGACGAUCAAUAUGGAUUGCCAGCAAUCUGUUCUAUAUCUUGUGGAAUGCAAUUUGUCCGGUCAAUUCCUCGGUCGGGCUCAUGACGGUCGGGCGUUUCCUGGCUGGAUCAGGCGCCAGUGCAGGUAUUACGCUCACGGGUCCCAUUCUCGCGGACAUGUAUCGGCCGGAACAUCGAUGCUACAGCCCGGCACUGCUUCGGGAGAAGGCAGCCCUCCAGCGCCGCAAUGAUAGCAAUGCUGUUCCUCAGAGUAAACGUACAUUCAUGCUAGACAAGGCCUUUUAUCAAGACCUCGGCACCCGGCUGGGGGCCAACCUCAUCCGACCGCUCUGGCUCCUUGUCUACCGCCCGGCCAUCCAGGUCAUCGCGCUGAUCAUGGCCCUAAACUUCGCCAUCUACUGCCUCCUGCUUUCCACCUACGCCACCCUCUGGAUCGAGCGAUACGGCGAGUCCGAGACCAUCAGCAGUCUCAAUUAUAUUGCCAUCGCCAUCGGCACCAUCGCCGCCUCGCAGGUGGGCGGGGCAUUGAUGGACUGGAUUUAUCGCGCCUUGAAGGAGCGGCACAACGGUGAAACCACCCCGGAGUUCCGCGUCCCGUUCCUUAUCCCCGGCGUGAUCCUUAUUCCCGUGGGCAUCUUCCUCUACGGCUGGUCAGCGGAGAAACGACUCACCUGGAUCAUCGUUGACGUCGGCACCGCCAUCUUCGUCUGGGGCAGCUUCAUGUUGGCCCAGGGCAUGAUGGCCUAUCUGCUGGACGAGUUCGAGCACGCAGCCUCCGCGAAUGCGGCCGCACGCAUGUUGUCUAAUAUUCUGGGCUUUGUCUUUCCUAUCUUCGCGCCGAGCAUGUAUGCGUCCCUGGGGUACGGGUGGGCGAAUAGCGUGCUGGGAUUUAUCUUUGUGGCGGUGGGCCUGCCUAUCCCCAUCCUUUUGUGGGUCUAUGGACCACGCUUGAGAGCUAUUGGACGGACAUAG